AGUCACGAGGCGGGCGGGCCGCUGCUAUGGAGUUGCCUGCCGUCAACCUGAAGGCCAUCAUUCUGGUACACUGGCUGCUCACAGUGUGGGGAUGCAUGAAUUACAUGUUUCCAGCCUCCUAUGCCUGGGGAAAUUUCAGUGUCCUUGCAGUGGGGAUCUGGGCUAUUGUGCAGCGAGAUUCCCUUGAUGCUAUCAUGAUGUUCCUGACUGGCCUGCUGCUCACGGUCCUCACAGACAUCAUUCACAUCUCUGUCUUCUACCCUCCAAACAACUCUCUCGCUGAUGUGAAGCGUUUCAGUAUAGGCAUGGCCAUCUUCAGCCUCCUCCUCAAACCUGUGUCCUGCUAUUUGGUGUAUCGAAUGUAUCGGGAGCGUGGAGGAGAGUACACCUUUAACAUAGACCUGGAGUCCUUGUCUGACAGCCAUUUUGCCCACAAUGGUGUCACCCAUGCAGGCCGGGAUCGCAGCGCCUAUGAGCCAAUUGAUCAGCAGGAUGCCCCUCCACAGCGGCCUGACUCAAGCAAGACAGCCCAGCAGCCAUUCUGAGGCCCUCUCUGCAACAGAGAACGGACGCUUCCCUCGCCCAGUCUAGCCUUCUGCUCUUCCCAUGUCCGUUCUGAUGGAGCAAGACCUGCUACUGAGCAAACAGGAGAGGACCUGAUUUUACAUUUCCUUGCCUCCCUGAAGGUUAGGCAGAUGGGUUCCUGUAGUAAAUCCAGCAGAUCUCGAAGAUGUCAUGUUGAGCACACUGACUCUUUGUAAUCCUGGUACUCUCCUUUCCUCCCUCCCCCUAAAUCCCUCCUCUGUAUAUCUGAAUGGACGCAGCUUCUGCAGUCUUCCAAGUCUUGUAUUGUGCAUCCUCUCUAUUGUAAGUAAGGGAACCACUCAAAAUAUUCCUGGACAAGCUAUCUUUAAAAGGCUUAUGGACUGCCCUUAAACAAUACAGUUUAGCCUGCUUUUAUGCAGAUACAUUUCCAGGAAACAUCUGGGAGUUCCUGAGGGCUGGUUUUGAUGGUGUUAUUUAACUAAGAUUUAUGACCAUAACUCCCUAUGCAAGCUGUGGUGGUUUGCACAAAGCUGGGGUUGGUAUAAAAUGCUCUUACUGGGCCAGGGAGCUGCUUGUGCUCCCAGUAUCUAGUCUCGGGGUUUAUUCACAAGUUGAAUGUCCUUCAGGAUACUUAAAAUGGCUGUUGGAUGGAGGUUAUUGAUACUCUGUGCCUUGAAAUGUCCUUUUGCCUUCAGCUGCCUAUCUUAACAGAACUUGAAAUGUUACAUUUUUCUAAGAAAACUAUAAAAUGAACACAGUUUUUCUGUGUUAGAAAAAGUUACACUGGUCACCUAUGUCUCAUUUUGAAAAUGUAGGUAUUCCUGAGGGUUUGGGACUGUAGCCAGGCAGUAUGUGAGAGUCAUUAUGGGGG